AUGAGGCUUCUCCACGACAACUUCUUCUACCACUCAGACUCCCGGUUCAGAGCUGCAGGCGACCUCCACGAUGAGAAGAAGCUUAUUGCUGAGGAGCAGAAGCUCUGCCAGGCCCGGGCUCGCAAGUUCUGCCUGGAGACCAAACGACGCAGGAAGGCGUUGGAGGAAAGACAGAAGCAGAGGGACGAGCAGGAGGAGCAGGCGAGGGAGACGAUCCUGCAGCAACGCAGGGAGAGAGUGCAGGAUGCAACCGAGCGCUUCCAGAGAGGACACCUCCCCCCCGCUCAGAGACGAAGACGAGCUUUUACAAAAGACAUUCCAAAUAUUGAAGAUGCCCUCAGUCAACUUCAAGGCCCUUUUGGUGGUUACACCCAGCAGUCAUCAUACCUGUCCAGAAACUACAACAUCAACAGAAUCUGCAAUCCCUCUCUUCAAUCCACCCAUGGCCAAGCUCUCUCCGUUGUGGAGGUCCAGACCAAAAUGCUCCUGGAGGAGAGGAUGACCUUCUCCAAGAACAGCGGAGAAGAUAACACGACACGAGAGAAGCAGCAGAAUCACAGCCCACAGGACAGCCACGUGUCGGACAGCUGUAACUCCUGUAAGGACAGUUUGGAGAAUGAGGACAACAACCAUGGUGCAAAUAAUCUGUGGAAUUCCCGCUUUUACGUGCUCGACUCCGAAAAGCCGCCGCACACAUCAGACCUCACUUCAUCAGCAAUGCGGCGCCUCGAUGGAAACUUGGCCCGAUCACAAAAGCAGCAGGAGCCUCACGUGAAAACGCAAGAUGAGUCAGAGGGGCCUAACAAUAAGAUGCACAUUUUCAACGCCUCCUGGGGGUUCAGGUCUGAGCAGCCGCAGAAUCCAAAGACACAACCUGCAGUGAACAGCGACAAUCCAUUCUCUGUGUGUGAAAUUAGUAAAACAGACCCAGACACAGCACUUGACUCGUCAUGUCCAAAACAAGAAGCUCUGUUGGAUCUCAGUCAGCAGCGAGGCCACGAUGACAGACAGCUCGUACAUCCGUCAGCUACAGAGAUUCUUCUUCCUGCCAAAAAUGGCAAGGGCAAAGAGGUCUCGUUGGGGGCUCCCCCAAAGCCAAAUAUGUUCCUAAAUGAUAGAAACAUAGAUGAUUCCUCACAACACGGAACACUUUGGCACGCGGGCAAAGAAAACCACCAUCUCUCACCCCAGAAAGAGCCCAGCGCUUCCAUUAUUAACUUCAAUAAGUUUUCAUACCCGGAGCCCGUGCUGCAACAUGCACGCCCGUCCAACAUUCAGUCAGACGCUCUCAAGUGCUUCAAGCGUCCCGAGGAGGAGGAAGGAAAGUUUCCAGUCGCAGUCGGGGCGACGCGUUUAACGUGUAACGUCAGAUUCAUCAAGGGGAUUCUUAAAAAGACGUCCAGAUACGCGUCAGGAGAUGCAGCAGGAGCGCACCGCUCAGGUCAAAGGAUUUUUGCAGAACAAGUAGCUUUAGCGAUCAAAGACAGUGUCGAAUUGACCCGGGCUAAGAUGCAUGAGGUGAAGAGCAACCCUACCAAAAAGAAGGUGCAUUGGUUCGAUGAGGUGUAUGUGGUAAAAGAGCAGAUUAGAUACAGGUCUGCCAUCCCGUCUCAGUCAAAGAAGAACCCAGAGGACCACCAGCAAAGUCUUGCUACAGUCUCUGGGGCCCCCAAGCCUGGACCCAGCGUGACCCCUGCAGCCUCCACUGGUUAUCACUUUACAAAGCAAGCGUGGGCAGAUGUUGGGGUUCAAGUCAGUUUACCCCAGGAUAGAGCAGACGAGGUCAAGGUGCUGCAGAGCGCCAUUGGCCCCGAGGCCCCUUGGAGAGAGCGCUCCGCCAGAGCCAGAGCGGCUCCUGUUUCCUCAUGGGGUAGAAAGGGCACCGUCAUACGACCUCAAUCUGCCACCGAGGUGAAUCGGAUUGCCAAAACACGAGGAAGGACCAUGCUGCCCCGCCCACCUCCCCGGCUGGAAGCGGUGGAGGAGGAGAACACGGCGUAUGUCGCCAAGACUCCAUAUGGCGUGGAUCACACAUGUGGUGUCAACAGUAAACACGCUGGGGCUGGAGAGCGGGCCCUGGGCGGGGACGCCUCAGGAGGCUCACAUCGUGUAACCAGAACAGAUAGCGGUGUUAUGCACACACCGCUGCCCCCCUCGUACACGUGCCCCGUCUCAGAGGGCAUCGCGAAGAGCAAGCUCAGCUCAGGUCACCAGGAAACUCCGAGCUGCGGGAGGAGAAGAGGGACGGUGCCCAAUGAAAGAGGCUUCUGUUUAAACAUCACUCCCACAGAUGAGGAGAUCUCACAGCUCUGGCACGGUGUCCGCAGCGCCUUAGCCAUCAAGGACGCCGUCCCCAGAUGCAAGGCACCGGAAAGUGGGCGUGGCCUGAGGAAGCCCUGCUCGGAGCAGUGCAGACAGUCUCCUGGCUCCGGGAACAGGAGGCCUCCUCCUCCUCAGACCUGUCAGCCAUCGAAGCAGUUGACGGAGGCAGGCCGAAUGUUUUCCAAUACGUGCAACGUGGCGUUGACACAAGAAGGAGUGGGGAGUGCAGCCCAGCUACACCUGGCUGAAGUACACGCUGCCGGCCACCUGGAGGAAAGAGAUAUGGUAGCUGCUCUGGAAACGGCCCCAACACUGAGUCCUGCAGCGACUCAGCAGCAUCACAAGGGCUUCACCAGCAUCUCACUGGAGGAGCAGAAAGUCCUUCUCUCGCUGGAGAAGCUCAACCACCAGCUGCACCGUGUGCAGAAACACGCCGGGAGCAACUGGGGCACGCGAUGCCCCGGGCUGACGGACGCUCCCUGUGAGAUGAAAGUCACAAACCCCAACAAGCCCCGUGCAUCCUCGGCUAACAUCUCCCCCUGGUACCUGAAGAAGUCCUGACCGUCAGUGCAUUACACCCCGAGUCAAACUCCGAGAGAGCAAGCACUUUAUUACCUUGUAAAGCAGAUUUAGUCUCUUUUAAAAAAUGAAAGUGCCUUCUGGUAGUACCCACUAAGAGAUCAAACACACUGGACUGUAGAUAAUCAAUGUUAGAAAAGACCAAAGUAAAAUGUAAAGUUUGUGCGUCUGAAAUUAUUGUAUGUUUUAUCUGCUUCGGCAAGAACGUGUAUAGUCACAUAGAUGUACUUUAACUUAUAUUAAGCCACUGAUUAAACAAUCAAAAUCAAA